AGCACGAUUCGAGAGCAAGCGGGGAAUGGCGAGGCGGAGCUAAAGGAUCUCGUUGGAAAGGGAAACGAUGGAAACCAGCGAAACUCUGUGAACAACAAGUCUUAGCGUUAUGAGUUAUAAAUUUAGUGCUUAAUAACUUUACGUGUAAGGAAAGGAUAAAAUGAAACUCCGGUCACAGAGAACUGUGGCGCCCUACGCGGAGACGCCGAGAAAAACUCGCCAGCCGUCUCGCAACAAUGCCACACCGACAGUGAGACGAACUCGUCUGUCAGUACCACAAAGUCCAUUACAAGACAAGGUUGAGAAGGCUUGUGAUGCUGAAGAUGUCCCCACAAUGACGAGGCGCCUGCUGCCCCGUGGGCGGCCAAGAAAAAGAGCCAUCGCUGCGGAUGACAAAGAAACGGAUUCUGCCUUCAAGACGCCACUCCGGUCCAUUUUGCGCCAUGAGCACAUACUUUCUGAGAUGGACCCAGUGUCUCCUCAUAAUUCAGCAGCCAGGAUGAGCUACACCCCCAUUGUUCGAUUUCUCACACCGAGUAAAGAGAAUUACAACAGUCCAGUAAAUAAUGUGAUGAUGAGCCCUGAACAAGGGGUGUUUGGUUAUGGUUCCAUUGACCUCCUGAUGGGAGACGAGGAUGACCACAUUUUCAGUCCCUUCACUUUCAUCAAGAACCUUCCAUCACGGUCUCAGUAUUCCCAGCCCAGACUGCCAGACAUCCCUCCUAAGACCAGGAGCACCCCAGAGGCCACGCUUGUGCUUGACCUGGAGGAAACGUUGAUGUUUGGCUCCCUGAAUGUGAUUGACAAUCCUGAAUACACUUUCCACACAGCUUUUCAGGAUCAUCAGUACAAGGUUUACAUGAUCCUACGACCACAUGUGAAGGAGUUCCUACAGUCUGUGGCAAAAGUAUAUGAGCUCUUUGUUUACACCUGUGCCAAGAAAGAGUACGCUGAGAAGAUUCUGGACAUCCUGGACCCUCAAAGGAAGCUCUUUCGCCACCGUCUCUAUCAGGAUGAGUGUGCCUGUGUCCUCGGCCAUUACAUUAAAGAUCUCAGCAUCCUGGGGAGAGAUCUCUCCAAGAUUGUGGUUUUGGACAACGCACCCCACACCUACCCCUACCAUUUGAUGAACACUCUUCCCAUCAAGAGUUGGUCUGGUGAGUCAGAUGACAGAGAACUCCAGAAGCUCAUCCCCUACAUGGAGAAACUGUCUGCAGUGGAGGAUUUUCGGGAGGUGCUGAAGAAGAGGAAGGAUCACUUCCACCGACUGCUGUCAGAGGACUGACAUGAACAACCCCCACCCAAAGCACCACUUCAACUAUCCUGCUUGACUCUCACAGCUUCUGUUUGCAUUCUUGUUGCUUUAGCUUUGAAAGCAGAAUUCGGUUGAGUUAACCUAAUGUGUUGCAUGUUGGUGGACCUGCACGUCUUCUCUCCCUCAUGUUUUUUAAGGGCGACACAUCCAUAUUUCAGUCAUGCUGCCUUUCUCUCGAAUCAUUCCACAGAGCAAUAGACCCAGAGAUAAAAUUUGAAAUGUUGUAAAUAAUUGUCCAUUAUUUAUUGAUUGUUUUUGCCAAAUCCCUAUUAUUUAGUCCUGUUUAUUUUAGAUCAAUGUUUAAUGCAAUAAAACAAACCUUAUA